GUGUGAGAAGGAAUGGAAGGAAUCCUUUUCCUUGCUUGGACUGGGGAAAGGUCUCAAUCCUAAGCAAACGUCUCUCUCUCUCUCUUGUCAGCCUUUUUAAAAGUAUCUCUCUGGCCUUCCCGUCCAAAAUUCUCAUUCCAACAGAACACCCAAAAGCCUUCUUUUGUUCGUUCGCCUUUAGUCUUUCCUUUUCUCUCUUUCUUCCCAUAAGGAAAGGAGAUGUGGCAGAGGCAACUCGACAAAUCUUCUUACAAAGAAUCUGUCAAGGCUCUUGAAGCUGAUAUACAACAUGCCAAUAGACUGGCCGCUGCUCUUCCAAGAGACUACGGUGGAGGAUAUUUUCAGAUGAGACUGUCUUACAGUCCCUUCGCGCCUUUCUUUCUUCUUCUAAUUGAAUGGAUGGAUUUUAGUUGUACAGAUACUCUGCCGAGUUAUUUAGGUCUUCUCCACAUAAUUAUAUACAAGGCAUAUGUAGAUGGGAUGAAAACCACAUCUUCACAUGAAAGGAAAGCUAAUCUCAGGGAAUUCUAUGCUGUUAUUUAUCCUUCUCUUCGGCAACUAGUAGGUGAGUUAUCUGAAUUGGAAAAUAAGAAUGGGAGGAGUCAAUUCCCGGAGGUUUUGAGCAGGAAGAGGGUGGAAGGGACGAGGAAGAUUUCUGUUGAGGAUGCAGAAAGAGAAGAUGAAUGUGAGAUUUGUAUGGAACCUUGCACCAGGAUGGUGCUGCCCAACUGCGGCCACUCCAUGUGUAUCAGCUGCUUCCAUGACUGGAACAUGCGAUCUCAAUCCUGCCCCUUUUGCCGUGGUAGCUUAAAGAGAGUAAAUUCAAAUGAUUUGUGGGUGCUGACCAGUAGCAGUGAUGUCAUUGACACUGCAACUCUUGCAGAGGAGAACCUGAAACGUUUCUAUCUUUAUAUGAAUACCUUGCCUCUUUUGAUGCCUGACACCCUUUUUUUCGUAUAUGAUCAUAUGAUUUGAUCUGUACAGAAGUCAUGAUGCUUAGAGUUGAGAAAAAUCCGACCACCCUUUGUACAUAGUCUGCCAUGGUGAAGUCUGAUGCUCAUCCUUGUUCAUCAUGGAAAGGAAAUCAGAAAACUGUAGAGUGCAACAUAUUGAAAUUGUAUAUAAUUUAACUGACUUGCUGUGGAUCAGCAACUUCCUGGAUUUAGGGUUGGGUGAUUACCGAGGAUCAAGAUCAAGUAGGCUGGCUUCUGAAUUUAUGCGAGGAUACUUUUUCGUCCA